AGUAAUUAAAGAAACAUGUGUGACGGGUACAUGAGUCAUAAAAAAUCCAUGAAAGGGAAACAAACAACUUGGGUAUAUAACGAUGUUUUGGGUGAACAGCCCACCAGUAUGAUUCGGUCACCGGCUAAGGCUCUGGAGUCUGCAGCGUUGGUGUUGAUAUUCUCAAGUUCAUUCAACUCUUGGAAGAUGUUUAUGACGCAAUGGAAAACUGCCUUAGUAGGGACAUUGGUAUUAAUCUUGAAUUUCGAGAAGGUUUCUGCUUUCCCAAAAUCUCAGAUUCUAUGGUUUGACGUCGGACCACAAAUUCGUAACUGCCGAGAUGUACAAAGGCAAGGCAACACCACUAGUGGAAUCUACUUGAUUUUCCCCUACAAAUGUUGUCCUGAUGUCCCUCUUCAGGUCUUCUGUGACAUGGAGACAGAUGGCGGUGGAUGGACUGUCAUUCAACGUCGGGAUGACAUUGAACCCAGAGAGAACUUCUAUCGUACCUGGAUGGAAUAUUCCCUUGGCUUUGGUAACCUGAAGGGAGAAUUCUGGUUAGGAAAUGACAACAUCCACGCCUUAACGGAUCAGACACUGAAUGAAAUAAGAUUCGAUUUAGCUGACUUUAAGGACAAUAAACGAUGGGCCAAUUACAAGUUUUUCUACGUCCACGACCGAAGUUCAUCUUAUAAACUGGAGGUUGUGGAAUAUAGCGGAGAUACUGGUGAUUCCUUUACAGUCCACAGUGGAAUGAAGUUUUCGGCCAAAGACAUCGAUAACGAUAUACAUCCUUCAGAUAGCUGUUCAGUUAUGUAAGUUUAUUGCUAUGCUGCUGUGAAAAUUGUUUUAUUCAUUCCUUUUCGUGUGAA